AUGAACAACAUCAACUUGCCUGACGAUGUGCUGAUCUACACUCUUGCUUUUCUCUCCGUCCCAGAUAUCUUGAUUUUCCGCCAGGUGUGUAAACGAUUCAAUGCACUCACAAGAUUGCACAUCGUCUGGACAAACGCAUUCAAACACGAUAUCCUCUUCAAUGACUACCCCGCUCCAAUCGAUGACACAGAUCUUGAGCAACGCACGUGCCACGCCUGCCGUCUCGCAUCUCGAUGGCUCGCAGACUCUCCUCUGAUGCCAUCGAGCGAGACAAGUUUCACCGGGUCGCCCAUAUGGGAAAUCAAAUUCAUACCAGGACGACAGCACAAGUGGUUGUUGACCGUAUCGAAAGGGAUCUGGUCGGUGCUUACAAUCUGGGAUAUUGCGCACGGGUUCAAGUGUUCCGAGUGGUCACUGAGAGGUGCGCUGUUUACUGGGGUGAAGCUGAACACGGAUACAGAGUCUGAGGCGAGUAUGGCUGUGGCGUUGGAUGGAUCACAGAGAAUCGUGCUCCUGCAUCUGGACGACGGUGGAAAGCUGCGUGAAAUUCACUGUUUUGACAGCGACCUUCACCCUGUCACCCUCACUGGUGAUAUCAUAGCCCUCAGCGACCACAUCUCUACGACACUGAUCUACAAUUGGAAGACGGAUGAGCGAGCCUACCUCGAUGAAGGAGGAGACAUGCAGUACGAUCACUGCAUCCAAAUCAUCUUCACCGCACAAACCAUUCUCAUCAUAUGCGCAUGCUCCAUCAACCUGUACACUACCCCGCCCUUUCUCCAUGGACAAACACACUCUCCCACUGCCUCCCACUCAUUCGGCUGGAUUGACAGCGCCAGUGCAACCCCCACCUCGAUCCUCAUCCGCUCCGAGAGCGACAACCCCUGGAUACCAGAUGUUGACUCGUUCGAACUCUAUUCCCUCUCUUCCUUCCCCCCAAUACUCACCAGCAAGAUAUCAUCUCGACGCGGUGUGCUUCGAUGCACAGGCGUCAUACUCGGGAAAUGUGGGACUGCUGUAUGGAUAUGCCCCUAUCGUGAGAUGACCUUCCCGGAUGAAGAACACCACGAGACGCUCAUGGCUGCUGUAUUCCCCGGCCCGCUCAACCCCACUGCUCAACCCCGUGUUCGCGAGGUAUUCUCGAAUCCGCUGAAUAACUGGACCACAUUGGAUUAUGAUGAAGAACUCGGGAGGAUCGCCCUUGGGUCGGGGUUGGGGAAGAUUACGGUUGUCCAGUUAUAGUCAUAAUACAUGUCCUUCAUGACGUACUGGGUCCGUUAUG